AUGUCGGACGAUUAUGAAUUCAGCGAAGACCAGACCAUGAUGCGAAUGGAGGAGGACGGGGAGGCGACCAGUGAUGACCCGAUGUCUGCGGCGGGGGACUGUGGCCUGAUGGGGGGCGAGGCCGAAGGGUCCAAAAUAGACGCCAGUAAAAACGAGGAGGAUGAGGGGAAGAUGUUUGUUGGAGGCCUCAGCUGGGACACGACUAAGAAGGACCUGAAAGAUUACUUUUCCAAGUACGGAGACGUUGUAGACUGCACCCUGAAACUGGACCCCAUGACCGGCCGCUCACGGGGCUUCGGCUUCGUGCUCUUCAAAGAACCUGAAAGUGUAGAUAAGGUUGUCACACACAAGGAACAUAAACUCAACGGAAAGGUCAUUGACCCCAAAAAAGCCAAAGCCAUGAAGAACAAAGAGCCUGUGAAGAAGAUCUUUGUCGGUGGUCUGUCUCCAGACACUCCUGAGGAGAAAGUCAGAGAGUACUUCAGUACCUUUGGAGAGUUGGAGUCAGUUGAACUUCCCAUGGAGAACAAAACAAACAAGAGAAGAGGCUUCUGCUUCAUCACAUUCAAAGAGGAGGAACCAGUUAAAGGGAUCAUGGAGAAAAAGUACCACAACAUUGGACUAAGCAAGUGUGAAAUAAAAGUGGCCAUGUCCAAGGAGCAGUACCAGCAGCAGCAGUACUGGGGGGGAAGAGGCGGAUACUCGUCCAGCAGGUCUCGAGGACGAGGCGGCGGUCCCAAUCAGAACUGGAACCAGGGCUACGGCAACUACUGGAAUCAAGACUACGGCAACUAUGGCAACUACGGCAACUACGGCUACGGCAACCAGGGGUACGGAGGCUACGGCGGCUACAGCGGCUACGACUACCCUGGUUACAACAACUACUACGGAUACGGCGACUACAACAACGUUGUGCCACGCGUGUAGAUCAACCCGGCGGAUACGGCAAGUCGCCGCGGCGGGGCGCUCACGCCAACAGUUACAAGCCGUAUUAACGGAGGAGAAGCGCUCGUCCCCAAGUAGGUACGUAGAGACAGAAAUACGCCCUCCUGCUUUGAAUUGAGCCUAGUUACGUUUACUUUGCUGUUAUGUAACGUUAUGUUUCAUUGUUUCUCUUGUAAAUUCCUUUUUCUCAGCACCGUCACGUGCUUUUCAGUAGUGGUAACAUAGAGGCUGCACACUUGUGCCGAUUAUUUUAACAGCCGGCCUUCUGCUGCCUCCUUUUGCACCUUCUUUCUUUUUGUUUUCCUUCUCUUUUUUUUGUUUUUUUUGUUUAACUGUAACGUUAACAGGUAAAGUACUACUACAGUAAAUGGAUGUUCAAGGAAACAGAAAAGGAAGUUUGUUGUCUCCUAACUCUGACAUACCUUGUUUGUACCUGCCAGCGGAGCUUCCUUGCAGGCCAUGAGCUGACUCCCAGAUACUCUCAGGGCCGCUCAAUGCGGACCGGGUACGAGAAGCAUACGCUCUCGAAUGCUGCCAUUUGGUAUGGUCUUCCAACAUCCUGUAUCCGCAUUUCUAAACUAAACUAUAUGGGACACGUCCAGCUUUGUCAUCUUUCUUUCCAUUUUUUAAUUUCUUUGCAACUGUUUGUAAUGUAAAACCUUAAAAUAUACACAUGUAAUUGUCAUUUUUUACAGGCCCUUCCCCCCCACAAGUAAUGAUUAUACAUAUGACAAAAUAACUAUUUGCUUUUCAAAGGAUAUGUACAGCAUUCUCUGGACUUUCCAGUUCCCAUUGUUAACAUAUGCAUUCCUAAUCGUAUCUAAAUGCUUGUUCUUUAUUGAUCUCUUGUAGCCAGUAGUCCAUGAGCUAAAACCUGGUGGUAUUUGGACGAGCCUGUGUUUGGGGGAGAUAAAGUGCUUUACUUUGUCUACAUGUACUGCUCUGUUUUGUGUUACUCACAGCGAUGGAAAAGACUCCUCUAUUUGUUAAUCCUCCUGUAACACAUUUUCCUCUUUAUAACCUUUUGUAAAUCAAGAAGUUUCCAGAAAAUUUGCAUGUAAUGCUUUCUGUAAUGUGUACUUUUUUUGACCAAUCAAAGGUUUUUUCUUCCAUUUAGUAUUUUGACACUUCAGGAUUUCUAGCUUAUGGACUAACUUUUUAAAAUGUAAAAUUAAUUCUUCUCAGUUUGUUUUUUUCACAUUGGACAUUUUAAACACGGGGGACUCCUGUUUGUUUUAGCGUGGACGAGGUCUUCGUUUCCCCCCCCCCCCCUCCUCCAGCUGAUCCGGG